GGUAUUGGAUCAGAUUCAAAGUGGGCGCAUGCGAGCACCGAGGCUUUUGUUUUCGGUGCCGCAUGAGUUGCGGGCUGUUUUUGGGCCAGCUGGUCGGGGCUCCGCCGGAGAAGAAGAUGCACUACCCCACCAUGGAGAAGGACACGACCCACACUAAGAUCUUCGUGGGCGGGCUGCCCUAUCACACCAGCGACGCCUCACUUCGGAAAUAUUUCCACACUUUUGGGGACAUUGGCGAGGCAGUGGUGAUCAUGGACAAGCAGACUGGAAAAUCCCGGGGUUAUGGCUUUGUGACCAUGGUGGACAGAGAAGCAGCAGAGAGGGCCUGCAAAGAUUCAAACCCCAUCAUUGAUGGCAGGAAGGCCAACGUGAACCUGGCCUAUCUGGGAGCAAAGCCCCGCAGCCCGCAGAUGGCUUUUUCAGUUGGAGUUCAGCAAGUCCAUCCUACGUGGGUUCAGAGGCAAUAUGGGUUUGCACAGCAGUACGUCUACCCGCAGCCCCUCCAGCCCAACCUCCUGCUGCAGUCUCACCUGGGCCCGGCAGCGGCAGCACUUACCUUGCCUUACAUGGACUGCAGCUCUACCUACAGUCCUUAUGCCCCCGCAGGCCUGGAGCAGUACCCCUACACCCCCUCACCAUCACCCUCCUCCGGCUACCUCAGCUACGCCUUCUCCCCUUGCACGCCGACACCCGCUCUCACCGCACCUCCAACUCCUCCAGCUGCCAUCCAUUCUCCUCUGGCCGCCCUCACUACUGUAUCUGCCGCACCACAGGCAUUCCUCCAUUACCCUAUUCAUCAGCCUGAUCAUAUGCAGUGAGCAGCCCUGGGCAAAGGCUGCAGCCGCCAACCUGAUGACUCAAAACAGCAUGAUUGUUGACCUGUGACAUCAUCAGGACAACACAGGAUCAGGAAAUGAGUGUGAUUUUAUAAAAGGGCUUUUUGAGAGCAGUCUCAUUCCUUUCAUAUACACAUAUAUAUAAAAAAAAUGAUAUCACAUUCCUUAUCCAUAAGGUUCAAUAUGACCCCAGUCUACCCAUUGCAGCUAUAAUAGCUUCAAGUCUUCUGGAUGUGUCUAUGGGAAUUUUUAACCAUUCUUCCAAAAGCGCAUUUGUGAGGUCGAGAAGCCUGGCUCUCAGUCUCUGCUCUAAAUCAUCCCAAAUGUGUUCUGUCGGGUUGAGUUCAGGACUCGGGCCAGUCAAGUUCAUCCACACCAGACUUUGUCAUCCAUGUCUUUAUGGACCUUGCUUUGUGCACUGAUGCCUGUCCUCUUCCAACAGGUCAAAUCAAACUUUAUUUAUAAAGCACCUUUCAUACAUAAAAUGCAACACAAAGUGCAUUACAUAAAACAAAUAAACAUAUUAAUGCCCUGCCCCCCUCCCCGCACACACACAAGCACAUCCCAAUUCACCCAAGUUACACACACAGACACACGGUGUAGACAUGGCUGAGCACUGAGGAUACAGGUGAGGAAACGGUAACAGGGAGCCGUCCACGCCAGGAGGUCUCAUAACCCGCAGCUACAAGGGAGGCCUCCACAGAGACCAUCCCAGCCCGGACGGAUAGAGGAGUCCACACCACAGCGGUAAAGCCGUGGUACAGAGCUCCACAACCAUCCAGACCAGAACGACCCCCAGGACGACACCCUGCAGGCCAGAGCCCACUCCCAGCAUGGAGGCUCCCCAUGAGGAAACACUGGAGCUAAAAGCUACAAGAAAGCAGGAUAUGAUACACUAAAAGAGUUCAAAAAGUAUAACAUAAAAUCCUAAAAGUAUGUCUAGAAAGCAAGACAUUAAAAACUAAAAGAAUAAGACAGUAGAAUGUAUAAAAUAGACCAUAAAUAAGGACUAAAACAUAGAUAGAUAUAACAUUGAGAUAAAACAAUGAAAAUAAAAUAUGAUAAAACAGGAUAAACUAAAGAUUAAUAUAAAAGAGUAGUAAGAUCCAAUAAAAAUAGGGGUGAGCAUAAAAAAUUUAAAAGAGUUAAAUGAGUCAGUUAAAAGCCUGAUUAAAGAGAUGGGUCUUGAGCCUCUUUUUAAAAUCAACAGUCUCUGCGGCCAUGUUGGAAGAGGAAGGUUCCAGCUCCAAACUGUUCCCACAAGUUGGUAUGCUGAAGCAUUCAGAGUUCCUUUCCCUGGAACUAAGGGGCCAAGCCCGGGUCCUGAAAAAUAACCCCACACCAUAAUCCCCCCUCCACCAAAUGUUAUAAUUAUCAGAAUCAAGUCAGACAAGUACCGUUCUCCUGGCAACCACACAACCCAGACUGGUCCAUCAGAUUGCCAGAUGGAGAAGCGUGAUUCGUCACUCCAUAGAACGCAUCUCCAAUACUCUAGAGUCCAGUGGUGUCGUGCUUUACACCACUGCAUCCGUGCCUUUGCGUUGCACUUGGUGAUGUAUGACUGGGAUGCAGCUGCUCGGCCAUGGAAACCCAUUCCAUGAAGUUCUCUGCCCACUGUUCUGAAGGCCACAUGAAGUUUGGAGGUCUGUAGCGAUUGACUCUGCAGAAAGUUGGUGACCUCUUUGCACGAUGCGCCUCAGCAUCAGCUGACCCCGCUCCGUCAGUUUAUGUGGCCUACCACUUAGUGGCUGGGUUGCUGUCGUCCGAAAAACUUCCAUGUUCUUAUAAUACAGCUGACAGUUGAAUUUGGAAUAUUUAGGAGCAAGGAAAUUUCACGACUGGCAGGUGGCAUCCUAUAAUGCUGGAUUAAAAACAGUCUGCAUGCCUAGGUGCUUGAUUUUAUACACCUGUGGCCAUGGAAGUGAUUGAAACACCUGAUUCUGAUUAUUUAGAUGGGGCAGCAAAUACUUUUGGCUGUGUGUGUGUGUGUGUGUGUGUGUGUGUGUGUGUGUGUGUGUGUGUGUGUGUGUGUGUGUGUGUGUGUGUGUGUGUGUGUGUGUGUGUGUGUGUGUGUGUAUUUAUAUACACACUAUUGUUGGAAUAGAUAAUAAUAAUGACCAUCUGCUGUUUUCAUCAGCAUACACUCAUUGAAUGUUUUUCAUAUCUGGUGGAAGUCAGGGACCACAAAAGACGACUGGUAAUCCUCUGAAUGACUCUCUUUCUGCAGACUUUGAUGGCAGUCAGACUCCUCGAAAGCAAACAGGAAAGACAUGGAAAAAUAUGUCCAUUUGACAUGAUGCUCGGGCUGCACUUUCUCUAAAGCAAAGGAGCUGAAAGCUGGCCUUGAGUCAAGCUACGAACCAGUUCUUCUUUUUAAGAUGCAGGCCCAAUUACCUCCUACUCAAGGUUACCUUUCUGUCUAUGGCCUUAGAGAUUUCUCUCUGUACCUUGUUUGUCAUUUUUAUUAGUUUUUCAUGUCAAAUCGAACGUGUUUGUUGUAUGUUCUUUCGCUCCUUUUAUAUACUGUUAGCAAGUCAUUAGACAAGGAUUGCCACAAAAUAUGCAAUUAUGAUGACAAAGUAUGAGCAUGAAUAAGGUAGACAACACUGGUGUUUGUUUUUUGUAUGACUAUUGCUAAAGCAUUUUUCUGGGAAUAACUCUGCCAACAUUUAAAAGACAAGAUUCAUCACACAGAAUUCCUGUAACUGCUUUUUAAGCUGUUUUGACCUGUAACAUUUGCAGCAAAAAUGUAUUUGGAGGUAUUUGUGAUAUCCACUUUCAUCCUUGUCAAGACAUAUGGAGUGUCUGAGUUUUGAUUAGUGUUUAGUGUGUGUAACUGUGGGAGUGAAAAAAGAAGUAGAGCUGCAGUACACAUCAGAGUCAGGACAAGGAUCCCAUUCCAUCCAUUUGUACUAUUGCUGGUUUGUUUUUGUUGGUGUUGUCUUUACCCCAGCCAGCUGCAUGAUAACGACAGAUGCUUUAGAAAGGGAGGGUUGCAGUAGCACCAACUUAAGUAGUUUUACAUCAAGCCAUACAUCACAGCUUAAACAAAUAUGCAAAAUAAUAUCAAUAUUUCUAAAUGUAAUGCUAUCUUUUUUUUUUCAAUACUCUUCACAUGGUGAUUCAAUUUCUGUAAAUGUCUCAAGGGUCAUACAUGAGUCUCUGACAUUUCUGUACGACACUUAUGAACUCUGAAUAGGUCAAGGUGAAAGUUCUGUAAGUCACAGGUAAUGUUAGACAAAGCCUGGGAUUUGUUUACAUGCAUUCCUUCCAAAUUUCACUAAGAUUUGUUUCUAGUCCAAAGUUCGUAUAGAUUAUAAAGUUAUAGCAAGGCAGCCUAGCCAUCAAAGCAUGUGUUUACCAGUCUGCACAAAGACAAAGAAGAAAAAAAUGUUGAGAUUUAAGUGAUGCUAUAAUACGUGCUGGGAGCUGUUACUUAUUGGCAUUUUAAUUUUAAAACUUUACUUUCAUACAUUCUAAAGUAUGACUGAAAUAUUUUAAUUUGUGAAUCUCAAAAAUGCUGGUUGGAGAAUUUGUUUACAUUCAAAGGUGUUAAUUAUUUUUCCCUUGCUGCCUCUCCUCAUUCAAACUAAACUAAUGAGUUUAUGCACAAGAACAGAAGACAGUGGGACAUGUAUACAUGUGUCUGUUUUAACAACAUCAAACUUGACCAAUACCCAGGCUUACUCCUCCCAGCCCUCCUUUUGUAUACAUACUUAAUGUUAAUGUGAUGUAUUACAGCACAAUUGUUCACUGUUCACUGCUUCCAAUUAUCCCUCUAGAGUCUGUGAUGUGUUGUCUUUGCCCUCUUCUGGUCAUAAUUAUUUAUUGCGACUCACAAUUUCUUACAUGCGCAUUAAAUCCAUAAAAUGUCCACUAUUAAAGAGCAGAAAUGAGCACUUUUUUUUUUUAAUCAAGAUUUCAUGUUUAUUGUCAUUGAAAGUUUUAUUGAUACACCAUGUGCUUCCAGCGUCAUAUGAUAAAAUGAGACUCAAUGAAAAGCUUGCACAGCUGAUCUGCAGAUCUACCACUGGAGUCUGGGAUGCAACUUUGGAGUGUGCCAGUUCAGAACAAAAAAAAAGGAAAAAAAAGAAGCAGGUGGUUUAUGUAAAAAUGAAUAUCAUAGCAAAUACCACAGCGAGUUGAGGAGAAAUGAAUGUGUCUUAAAAAUUGAUGACAAAUUGAACACAGUUAAUGGUACGAAACAGGAGAGCAGUCAUGGAAAU